CGGACUUUAGACGAUGGGCGCUUUUGAGUUGGAACACUUGAAACAAUUCACGCUGACUAGGGUGCUCAACGACGAUACCGUCUUCAAGUCAAUCUCUCUUCUUGGCAAGUUGCCAUCGUCAAAUCCUGACAGCGAGCCCGUACAGUCAAUCGUCAGCUUGCAGAAGACGGCCUUUGAUCCAAACAAUGCAUCUUCAAUCAUUCCUACAAUUUCGAAAAUUCAGUUAACAGAAGUCAACGACAUCUACGCCUGGAUGUUAGGAUGGAUAAGGAGUGCCGACGGGACAUAUUUGGAUGCAGACGUCAAGAUCAGUGUAAUCUCCCCAGCCACCGACGUGCACAUCCGCAAGUAUAGCUCUCAGAAACAUGCUAUGAUCAGCGAGACGCCUAAAUUAUAUGAGAAGGUGACGAAACCCUUUAUUGAUGCAUUUCCAAAAUCCCGAACACAAUGGGUUCAAAAUAUACUAGACCAUAUAACCGAAACCGAGGAUAUCUUGUUCGAAGAUCCUUCUCCUAUCCAUGGAUUUGUACUUCUCCCGGACAUGAAAUGGGAUCGUAAAAGCCUUGGAUCGCUCUAUCUCUUGGCGAUUGCAAGGUCGGCUCUCAUUCGAUCCCUUCGUGAUUUGCGCAAGGAACAUGUGCCUAUGCUAGAACGCAUAAGGCAGGAAGCUACACGGGUGGCAUCGGAGAAAUGGGGCGUCCCAAAAGGAGGACUUCGAUUCUACAUUCAUUAUCAGCCAUCAUACUACCAAUUUCAUGUGCACAUUGUUUCAGUAGAAUACAGUGGCUUCCAGGGCAUGAGUGUGGGUCAAGCACAUCUCCUUGAAGAUGCGAUAUCCCUGCUGGAACUGGACGAUGGCGGCCCAACUGGCAUUUUCGAACGCAUGACACUCACCUAUAUCCUUGGCGAACAGCAUGGGCUGUACACCCCUAUGGUAGACGCCGGGGCCGAGAUUUGAAAGUCGAUUACGCUGAGACUGAGAUAGUUGACUGACAAGAACCGGAUUCGAUUCCCGCUAUAAACUACGGAAGCUGAAUUCCUAUGCAGCUAUGAUCCAUUAUUGUAACAAUGAUACACAAAAUUGGAACAGAUAAAGGAACGAUGUCAAUAAAAGGCAAAGAAACAAGAUGUACCGGCAGGCCAUCAAGAUGAAAUCCAAGAUGAAAGGAAUGAUAGUCGCUUCUUGGGUGGUGC